AGGUGCAAAUUGAGGGCUUCGUUUGCAUCGAAGCUGAUGUACAUCCCUUGUCCUCAUUUGACUCAGAUAAAUGGGGAAUGCAGUGCAAACACUUUCAACUGAAUAAACCAUUCAGCAUUUUCUAAACAGGUAAAACAAUACAUGCGAGUCUCACAAUGCUGCAAGCGUUCACACUGCCUGCAGGGUACAGCUCUGGAGAAGAGCGGUGCCACACCAGGCAGUGGGGACUUCUCCAUUAGAUGUGUCCAGUUGUCUACAUCUUCUGCUGCUUUGGGAGAGUUCUCACUCUCAAACAAAUUUUUGCAGGCCUCCAGUCAAUGCAGUCUUCAUAGGGUUUACAGGUAAAUAGGCAAAGAUGGUUUGGAGUUGUAACAUUUGGGAAAGUUGUAAAGUUGUAAAAGACCAUGCAUGAAUUGAAUAAUUGAUAUCUAUUGCCAAAGCAAAAAAAGUUAAAAUUAUAUCAGAUUCAUCAUAUUAGGCUAUAUUUCUAAUUUGAUAUUUCAAGUGUUAUUUUCACAAUUAAAUUUUAAAUAUUGGCAGGUUUUUAAAAGUGGAAUUUAAUCUCCAUCUAAAUACCAUAAAACACAAUAAUGUCCGUAUUAUUUUGUGCGGAAACAUCCUUGCAUUGUCAUGCGAGUGUUGAUUGUAAAUGUAUCAGCCUCUCAAACAUUAGCUUUGCUUACAGAGGUGAAACCACAGUUUGUAUAGGAUCUGUCUGCCUCAGCACGAUGAGCUCACACCCCAUUGAGUUUGAAAAGAGGCAUUUGGCUUUGCAUUAGGGGACCGAGACCCCCCACAGACCAUCACACUGGAUGCUUCUAGACUGCUUGAUGACUCUUUAUGGACUUUCAAGUUUGUCCCUGAUACAAAUAUCCUUCAUUUUCAAGAAAGUGUGUAUUGGUUGUGACGUGUUUGUCUAUUCAUAUGAUUAAAUGUGGUUACUGAAUGAGCUCUCAUCCCUCCUCAUACAUCAGGGAAGAUCUCAUCAGUUUGUGCUGCAGGAGAACCAUGCAGCCCCGCUGUGGCAACAGUGCGUGCCAUGUGCUUAUGUUGGUGCUGUGUCUGUCUGCGGCUGAGGACUUCGACUGGACAAAGAACAACCACGGCUCCUUCUAUUAUGGCACUUUUCCAACUGGAUUUUCAUGGGGUGCCGGAGGUUCAGCCUAUCAAACAGAAGGAGCCUGGGACAAAGACGGAAAAGGACUGAGCAUCUGGGAUGUGUUCAGUCACAAAAAGGGCAAAAUCCAACUAAAUGACACGGGGGAUUCCUCCUGUGAAAGCUACUACAAAAUCAAGGAUGAUAUUUCUCUGAUGAAGGAGAUAAGGCUUAACCACUAUCGUUUCUCUAUCUCAUGGCCCAGAAUUAUUCCCACUGGUGUAAAGUCUGACCAUGUAAACGGAAAAGGAAUACAGUUCUAUGAUGAACUAAUUGACCACCUACUGGAGAACCAUAUCACUCCCAUUGUUACGCUAUAUCACUGGGAUCUGCCUCAGGUUUUACAAGAGAAAUAUGGUGGAUGGCAAAACAUAAGUAUGGUCAAUCAUUUCAAUGACUUCGCCAACCUUUGUUUUGAAAAAUUUGGUGAUAGAGUGAAGCACUGGAUCACUUUCAACAAUCCAUGGUCUAUGGCUGUUGAAGGUUAUGAGACAGGUGAGCAUGCUCCUGGGCUGAAGCUGAGAGGAACUGGGGCUUAUAGAGCUGCACAUCACAUCAUAAAGGUAUUAAGAUGCUGCUUCCAUCACUCAAACCAAGCUAACAAAUUAAACUUAAAUUUGAUCUUUUUUUUCAUGCAGGCACAUGCCAAAGUUUGGCACACUUAUGAUACACAGUGGAGGGCGAAACAAAAAGGUCUGGUGGGCAUCUCUCUGUCAGGGGACUGGGGUGAGCCGGUGGAUAUCAGCAACCAGAAAGACAUUGAAGCAGCAGAGAGAUAUGUACAGUUCUAUCUGGGCUGGUUUGCCACACCCAUCUUUCAUGGAGACUACCCUCAAGUAAUGAAAGACUUUGUCGGAAGGAAGAGUGUGCAGCAGGGACUAGGGACAUCUCGACUGCCUGUGUUUUCUUCACAAGAGAAGAGCUACAUAAAGGGGACGUGUGACUUCCUUGGCAUCGGCCAUUUCACCACCCGGUACAUCACCCAGAGAAAUGAUCCAACAGGCCGUAGCAGCAACAGCUACUUCACAGACCGUGAUCUGGCUGAACUGGUGGACCCGCGGUGGCCUGAUCCUGGGUCAGAAUGGCUCUACUCUGUGCCAUGGGGUUUCAGACGUUUGCUGAAUUUUGUCAAGACUCAGUAUGGGAACCCUAUGAUUUACGUGACUGAGAAUGGAGUUUCUGAGAAGAUGAUGUGCACAGAGCUGUGUGAUGAAUGGAGGAUACAAUAUUAUAAAGACUACAUCAAUGAGAUGCUAAAAGCUAUAAGAGAUGGAGUCAAUGUAAAGGGCUACACUGCAUGGUCUUUGCUGGACAAGUUUGAGUGGGACGAAGGCUACUCCGAGAGAUUUGGCUUGUACUAUGUGGAUUUCAGAAACAAAAACAAACCUCGAUAUCCGAAAGCUUCUGUGCAGUUUUACAAACGGAUCAUCAGCUCCAAUGGAUUUCCAAAUCAAAGAGAGGUUGAAAACUGGAGGAGGAAGGCUGUUGAGAUGUGUUCUUCCAGCAACCAGCUACUAGCAGCAGAGGAACAGCGGAGUACUGCUGCCAAUAUUCUAAGACUUAUACAUGACCCGCUGACCAGCCACAUGGAGAUGGUGACUGAGAUUGUCGUCCCCACAGUGUGCACACUCUCCAUUUUGAUCAGCGCUGUUUUGCUCAUGUUUCUGCUGCGAAGAAGGAACUAGGAGGAGUUUAAAAUUAUGAACAUGCUCAUGCAACUUUACUGCUUUAUUUCUUUACUCAUUUUUGUGUGAAUACCAGUACAUUUGUGAGCUGACUUUAAAUUGAAAUGCUAACUUUAUUCAUUUGAUGUGAAUUCAGUGUUUGCUGAGAGAAAUUAAACACUGCUUGAGCAGAUAAUGUAGAACCUAGAAGCAGAGAUUCUGGUAAAUGCAUCUACAACAUGCUAUAUUUUCCUGUUGUAUGAGAAGGCUGCUG